AUGCAUCUACAGGACACUCGCAUUUCCAAGAGACAGAAUCGACUGCAAACGGCCCGUUGUACCGUGAUGGCCGACGCGAUCUUGGCUGGUCAGUUUUGCUCCCUCUGUGGGGGCCCUCAGAACAUAUACACUGAACCGUUGGAAGAGGUCCGCUGGACUGACUUCGUCCACUCAGUCCGGAGACGGGAUGGGGUCGUUGGUGGCGGAAGUCCGACCCUUAUGCGGGCUUGGGGCGUGGCUGUUGAUGACGAUCAGGCAGACGACGACGACGACGACGACUACGACUACGAGGCCGGAGACGACGUGCCGUUCCCUGCAGUCCUAAUUCCAAUUGGCCGGAGGACGAGUUUUGAUUGCCAUAGGGCCUGCUGGCAUCUACUCUUGCUUCAGAUUGCCAGCAUCAGCCAGCAUCCGCCAGACCCAACAAGAAUCGAGUCUCUGGUCGUCGAUAUAUUAGAUUCAACCCCAUGGGGAAGAGACAGUCACAUUAUACCCGAGAACGACUACUGCGGGGCUACUAGUAUGCGUCAGAGCGAGGAAGGCCGUCAACUCUUGUGUGCUGAUCCCGACGAGCCAUUUCCGCCCAAUGCCGAUUCUACUUUCAGUCUCGAGGAGCUUGGUAUAGCGAUGGCCAGCAAUCUCAGAGUUCGACCAUCCGGGCCGCUAUCCCAUACUGACCCCUUUUACAAGCUUCCUGACGAAAUAGUACAAGACAUUCUACUGCAUUUGCCGUCAGAAGAUCUGUGCUCGGCGAGACUGGCCUCACGGCGAGUAGCAAUUCUAGGUGCCAUCGACAAUCUUCCUCAGUCCUUCUGGACUUCUCGUUUCGCUUCCGACCGCGAUAUGGGUUGUCUGUACGGUGUUACAAUACCAACUUGGGUCUCCACAGAUUGGUUUCGAGGUUAUUUUUGCUGCAAGUGGCACCUCAGACAUGUGGCCGGCGCAGAUGGUUUUCGCAAUCGUCGUCGGAUUUGGCGCUGCCUGUCAGAUCUGUCCGUCAUUAUUAGUCGACUGCUUAAUUCCGGAGGUGACAAACAGCUGGAUACGAGCGCUCUCUCGUCGAAUCAGGGUUUGACUCAACAAGCCUCGUCCCCUGAGCUCCCUGCCUUCCGAAUCCCCAAUCCCAAGCAGCCAAUCCAGCUUGGGGUUAUGCUCCAUAAUGAACACAAGCUGCUCUUUCGUGGGGAAGGAGAUGACCAUCGUGUGGAAAUUGAGUUCUCCUCUAUCGUGCUUUCGUCUACCGAAUUUAUUUCUGGAUGUCGAGUUUCCGUUCAGCACUCAGACGAUCUGCCAAGAGAUGUUCAGCAAGCGGGUUUGAUUAUCACGUCAACCUUGACAUCUAUCUUCCUUGGCCCUGGAGAUAAAAUAUCAUAUAUCGACGUCUAUAUUUCUACUUCCGGAAUUCACUGUCUAGAAUUCUUCAUCGCCAAAUCCGAUGGCGAAAUCCACAUGCACACUGUAGGGAAACUGAGACGUCGGUACGGCGUAAUCGCAAUCAAACGUCUGGUCCCCGAGUCGACAAUAGUUGGGUUGAAGUUCCGUUUUGAUAUGUAUAAAGCAGUCACGAUACAGCUCAUCGAGGAUACCAAGCAAAACAUGAAGGUAGGCCCAGUAGCUCUAUGGAAUCCUCCAAUUCCACCUGAUGGAAAUCAGGACUUGACGGCAUUGCCUAUCCCGACACCACACGAACGUGCCAUCUUUCCCGUUAAUUUAUACAUGCCAUUUGGCGGCCCAGACGGCUCAAGGCUUUCGUCGCUUCAUAGCAUUACUGCUUUUGUGCAUGGAACGGCUGGCAUCUACGGCCUCCGCUUUACCUACUCAGAGGGAGAACCCGUGCUGUACGGGCAUCAAGAGUUCAUGGAACCUGACGGGAGACUGGUCAGCUGCGUGGAACAAACCCUCUUAGUCGAUGGAGAGAACGGAGAGCGAGUUGUUCAGUUUGCCCCAGGUGGCAAGCUGGGACGUCACAACUUUGUAGAGAACAUUGUGGCCCGGACCAACUUUAAUCAUCUUUACAUAUUUGGCCCUUUUGAUGGUUCCGAGAUCAAGUGCGACGAAGUGCUCACAUCAGAGCAAGGUGCGAUCUUCGCCGUGGUGGCCUCAAUCUCUGCUCCUGACUGGAAAUUUGAAAGCCUCCAGAGUCAAAGUUUUCUGGCGCCCUGUCCACCUCGCAGCCUUUUUGCAGCCCCAUACACGACCUCUCUUCAGAAUGCAGGGCCGGCGCCAGCUAAUGCACCUUGGAUGAACCAAGAAGAGGGGUCAUGCUUCACAACAGCAUCCCUCCAAGGGAUUCGUCGUAUACGAAUGUCGAUGGGCACGGAUAAUCGCUGCCGCUCAGCAUCUCACAUGUCCGGUCUGUGGAUUGAGUAUUAUGGCGACCGGCGAGACGUAAUUGUUGGCCAGUGGAUCCAAGAAUCAGCCCGCGUCCUCCUACAACCUGAUGAACGGAUCAUCGACUUGACUAUUUGGUCCACAAUGGAGGUUACGUUCCAAUUUCCCGUGCAGAAAUUGGGGAAGAUCUCAGGCAUCGAACUCGGCACUACUCGAAACAGAGUUGUGCGGACGCAAAUGCCCCCAAAUAGGGGUGCCCGGACUUACGUGCGCUAUACCGCCACGCCAUUUGAGGAUAUUACCUCUAUUAUAUGGGGGUUCAAUUCACGCAUGGACGAUGUCCAGGUGCGCCUAGACCCAAACCAGUUAUUGGCACAGAAAACACUCGCCUUCGGCCACUCGGAGAGGCAUCCAAGGCCCUUCGAUCUAUCCGACGGUCGAAGCCGGUCAUAUUUUGAAUUCUUGAGCUCAGAUUUCGCCGCCGGCUCGUUCCGAUUUCGCGAGCUCUCGAUGAGAUACCACUUCCCUCGCAACACCUACUUCUUUGAGGACGUUAACAGCAGAGGACAGCCAGUUAGAUUGACAGAAGUUCAGAUUUCUCCCGACGUGGACGGGAACAUUGCCGGACUCGCCUUUCACUACGACGAUGGCAAGAUUGUUAAGCAGGGCAGAUUCGGCUAUAGCAGUAUUUCCCUUCAUCUGGAUCACGGCAGGGAUGAGAGAAUCUCACUGCUUCUGGUCUACCAGGUAGCAGCGGGAAAGAGAGGUCUUGAGAUUCUCACAGGAAAGCAGUUUCGAUCCAAUCUCGGUCAGACUAUCAGAAUCGUGCCUGAGAACCAGCACGUUGACUCCCUCGCGGUUUUCGCGCUUGAUCCCGCCGUCCAGUGUCCAGAUCCAUCCUCUUUUGAGCAAGAUUUCGACAAAGUCAUCAUCAACGAGUUUCCUUCUGUCGAUGGCAACCAGGAGCCAAUCGAAAGCUGCGUUGGAAUAUGGACGGUAUCUCGGUACAGAUACCACGAGCCCAGACUUCAGUUUGAGGACGUUGGACCAAUCUUUAUCAGCCGAAGCAACUGA